CCGCACAUGGGUGUGCAAAUGUUCUGAGCGCGGCGCAGGUGGCCCCAGCCAGCAAUUAGGACUGGGAGGAGCGAGAGAGCUAGAAAGCGCCCUUGGCUUAUCUGGCCGGUGGGGUUGCCUCUCUUCCCCCCCCCCCACCCCCUUCCCUUUCUUCUCUCUUUCUCUCUUUCUUUCUUUUUUUUUUUAAAAAAACCAAAAACUCCUCGGUCUACUUUGCUAAUAUUGAUGCAAAAAAGGGAUCCAGGGACGCCCAGAUUCGCUUGGAGCGAGGUCGUCUGAAGCCUUUUCCGAACGGAAGAUCGAUUUGGGAUUUCUUCUUUUCUUUCCAUCCUCUCUAUUUCUUCUUCUUCUUCUUCUUCUUCUUCUUUUUUUGCUAGUUUAAACCAAAUUGGCGGAGUGAAAGAGGGGCGAACGAGGGAUGGCUCGACCUCUUCCUUUGAACCCAGCUUUCCUACCCCCAACUUACGGGGUGCUGAAAUCCCUGCUGGAAAACCCGCUCAAGCUGCCACUGCAUCACGAAGAUGCAUUUUAUAAAGAAAAAGACAAAGACAAAAAACUGGAUGACGACAGUACCAGUGCCACUGUCCCACAGUCUGCUUUUCUGGGGCCUACAUUAUGGGACAAGACACUUCCCUAUGAUGGUGACACUUUCCAGUUGGAAUACAUGGACCUGGAAGAAUUUCUCUCAGAGAAUGGCAUCCCACCCAGUCCAGUCCAGCACGACCACAGCCCUCAUCAGCCAGCUCUUCAGCAACCUACCUCAGCCUCACCAUCGGUCAUGGACCUCAGCCACAGAGCAUCCACAUCGGUCCACCCGACUAUGGUUUCCCAAAACUGCAUGCAAAAUACAGCCAGACCAGGUCAGAUCUUGCCUACACACCGAAACACGCCAAGUCCCAUUGAUCCCGACAGCAUUCAGGUUCAAGUUGGGUAUGAACCAGACCCUGCCGAUCUUGCUCUUUCUAGCAUUCCUGGUCAGGAAAUAUUUGACCCUCGCAAGCGCAAGUUCUCUGAGGAGGAGCUCAAGCCCCAGCCGAUGAUUAAGAAAGCUCGCAAAGUCUUCAUUCCCGAAGAUCUGAAGCAGGAUGACAAAUACUGGGCAAGGCGUAGAAAGAACAACAUGGCUGCCAAGCGAUCCAGAGAUGCCCGGAGGCUGAAGGAAAACCAGAUUGCUAUCCGUGCCUCGUUCCUUGAGAAGGAGAAUACGGCCCUGCGCCAGGAAGUGGCUGACCUACGAAAAGAAUUGGGCAAAUGCAAGAACGUCCUUGUCAAGUAUGAAGCCCGGCAUGGUCCUCUCUAAAUGGCCUCCUACCCAACCCCCCCCCCCCCCCCGGUCCAAUCCCAUCUACCACCAUCCCCCUGUUUCUUUUCUUCCCAUCUACUUUUUUUAAUUUUCUUUUGUGGUUUUGGCAUUUAAAUAGAUGGGACAGUGUGUUUCCUGUUUGAUAGCACCUCACCCAAACCAACCUUUCAGUCAUGGGCACUUUAAUAGAAAGCAGAAACAGAACCAGUGUACAAUUUGUGUGUAUGCACGCGCGCGCGUAUGCUUGUGCACACCCGCCCAGGCAUACUUGUGAAUAAGUGUGCAUGUCUGUCUUGGCUCUUGUGUUUUUAUGAAACCCUCUUUGUAGGAUUGGAUUGGCUGAAACUGGCCAUACUAAACUUUUUAUGGAAUACAUACAUCUAGAUAUGUAUGUAUAUAUUUUCCAGUGCUGCUUACACUGUAUUUUUGUCUUACCCUAUCCCAUUAUUUUGAUUUAACUGGGGGGGGGGGGGGAGAGAAAGAAAGAAAAUGAAAGAAAAGCAUCCUGGUAAUGAGAAAGAACAAGAGAAAGAAGAAAAAGCUGUUUUUGGUUUGUUAUUUCAAUAAGGCACAUCAGGCAGUGUAAACUUACUGAUAAUAAUGCAGAAUUGGUAUUCAUGCUAUACUGCAGAGAUACUAAUUUAUAGAUUCGCCUUUUUGUUUUAUUUCGGUUUUCAUUUACUGUUAUGUUUUUACAUUUUGGUAAAUAAAAUAGAUCUCCAGAUUCAUUAUGUAUUUUAUAUCAUCCUUGUAGAGAAAUAAGGAACAGCUAACUUUCCUUUCAUUGCUUUAAAAUUAUAAAUAGACCGCACCCCUUGGGCAUAAUCAAUAAUUCUCUUGUACAGAUUAAAAUAUUUCUCGUGGGCAUUGGAUGACUUUGGUACCCUAAUACUAUAAUUUUUUUAGUGCUAUUUUUCUCUAAAACAUUAAAGAUUUCUUGAUAGUUUGCCUAACAAUGAUCCCUAACCA